AUGGAGCCUCGGAAUAUGUCCAGAGUAACUGAGUUCAUCCUAUUAGGAAUUCCUUUUCUGUAUGAUUUUCACCGAUUCUUCUUUGUGCUGGGUCUCUUCAUGUACCUUGUAACCAUCCUUGGGAAUGGCUUCAUCAUCAUCAUCGUUGCAAUUGAGCCACGACUUCAGACCCCGAUGUACUUCUUCCUCAGCAACCUUGCUUUCCUGGAGAUCUGCUAUACCUCCACUGUGGUACCCAAGUUACUACAGACAUUUAUACAAACAAGGACCACCAUCUGUUUCCACUGUUGCCUUACUCAAGGGUUUUUUCACUUCUGUUUUGGUAGUACAGAACUUUUCAUCCUCACCGCUAUGGCCUUUGAUCGCUAUCUGGCCAUUUGCAAGCCCCUUCAGUAUCCCAUCAUGAUGUCCAAGCAUGUGUGCCUUCAAAUGUCUCUGGCCACCUGGUAUGCCUCCUUUGUUAUUAUCUUUUUUCAUUAUUUUAUGGUUUGGGGAUUGCCAUUCUGUGGGUCCAAUGUCAUUGACAGUUUCUUCUGCGAUAUCGGUCCUCUGUUGAGUCUUGUCUGUGCAGACACCCAUUUCAUUGAGUCUCUCAGACUGUCAACUGCCUUUGUUGUUGUGAUUAUGACCUUGCUUCUCAUCGUUCUGUCCUACAUUUUCAUCCUUGCCACCAUCCUACAGGUUCCCUCCGCCGUGGGGAGGAAGAAGGCCUUCUCCACCUGCUCAUCUCACCUGUUGGUGGUGUCCAUAUUGUAUGCAGCUCUUGUCUUCAUGUACGUCAGGCCCAAUGUCCAGUCUUCAUACCGCUUCACAAGGACAGUGGCAGUCUUGAACACCACUCUUACCCCAAUGCUGAAUCCUUUCAUAUACACCAUUCGGAAUGCCGAAGUCAAAAAAGCUGUCCAGAAUGUAAUCCAUAAAAGGAAAGGGACCUUAAAUUCAGAUAAUGAUUGGAACAAUAGUUCCAGAACUCUCAAAUGUAGUAGAAAUAAGAUGAAAUUUAGAGGAUUGUGGCAUCGGUGA